AUGUUCAGCUACCUCCGGAAACGCUUUGCCAGCCACAUAAGGGAACGGAGUCGGCGAAGAGCAAGACUUGUCUCUAAAGAUGGAAGGUGUAAUAUAGAGUUUGGCAAUGUAGAACAGUCAAGAUUUGUCUUUUUGAUUGAUAUAUGGACAACUAUCCUGGAUCUCAGAUGGAGAUACAAAAUGACUAUCUUCAUUUCAGCAUUCUUAGGCAGCUGGUUUCUGUUUGGUCUCCUCUGGUAUGUCGUGGCAUACAUACACAAAGACCUGCCAGAAUUCAACCCUUCCAUAAAUCAUACCCCCUGUGUUGACAAUAUCAACGGCCUCACUUCAGCUUUCCUGUUCUCCUUGGAGACACAGGUAACCAUCGGUUAUGGCUUCAGAUGUGUCACAGAACAGUGUGCCACUGCCAUAUUCCUGCUCAUCUUCCAGUCCAUCCUGGGGGUGAUCAUCAAUUCUUUUAUGUGUGGUGCCAUCCUGGCCAAGAUAUCAAGGUCUAAAAACCGGGCUAAGACCAUCACCUUCAGCAAGAAUGCUGUCAUCAGCAAACGUGGUGGGAAGCUCUGCCUCCUGAUUCGGGUGGCAAACCUCAGGAAGAGCCUGCUGAUUGGCAGUCACAUCUAUGGAAAGCUUCUCAAGACCACCAUCACCCCAGAAGGAGAAACAAUCAUUUUGGACCAGGUCAACAUAGAAUUUGUAGUUGAUGCUGGCAAUGAGAAUCUCUUCUUCAUUUCCCCAUUAACUAUUUAUCAUAUCAUAGAUAAAAACAGCCCGUUCUUCCAUAUGGCAGCAGAAACCAUUCUACAGCAAGACUUUGAAUUGGUGGUGUUUUUAGAUGGCACUGUCGAAGCCACGAGCGCUACCUGUCAAGUGAGGACAUCCUACAUCCCGGAGGAGGUGCUCUGGGGUUACCGCUUUGCUCCCAUUGUGUCCAAGACCAAAGAAGGGAAAUACAGAGUAGACUUCCAGAACUUCAGUAAGACAGUGGCUGUGGAGACUCCCCACUGCGCCUUCUGUCUCUACAAUGAGAAGGAAGCUAAAGCCAAAGAGAAGAAAGGUUAUGACAACCCUGGGUUUGUCUUGUCCGAAGUCAGUGAAACAAGUGACACUAAAAUGUAG